AUGGGACAUGUUGAUACUGGAUCAAAUGUCAUGGAAGCAGAUAUGGGGUGUAAAAAGGGUGUGACUGCUUUCGGUGAUCUUGCCAAGCCACUUGAAGUUGCAGGGAAGCAUCUUCAAGAGGCUCAAGACUUGUAUAAAAAGUUUGAUGGGAGAAGCUUUUUCUCGAGGCUGUUGUUUCAGCUAUGGUUGUUGGUGUUAUGUUCUACUGUUUUUUACGUUCAGUUUUUGCCUUCUGAGCAAGACUUUAUUUUGAAGGUUAUGUUUGUUUUUGUUUUGUCUGAUGAAUGACUUUGGUGUUAAGUACACUCUUGAAUCAAUCUAGACUGCAUGUUUUUUGUUUGACAACAUUCUGGUAUCGGAU